UCCCCCUCUCUUUAUAACCUCCUCUUGGACAUGUCCCUCUUGCUUCACUUAGCUUGUUCCACCUGAACCUUUAUCGUCUUUUGUCUCGGGCUUUGAGCAAUCUCACAGAGAGAGAGAGAGAGAGAGAGAGAGAGAGAGAGAGAACGAACAAAGAGAGUUCUUUUGCAAAGUGUUCUGCUGGUUUAGUUAAAUCAUACACAGAAGAGAAGAUGUUGUGCUUGGUUUCUCGCAGUGGGAGAGAACUCCAGAGAUACCACAUGGGCCGUCGCCAAGUCGUAGGAUGCAUACCUUACCGAUACAAGAGGGAUGGAGAUGGAGUGGAGGGCGACGAACUAGAAUUCUUGGUGAUCAGUUCGCCGAAAGGUCAAGGGCUCAUGUUCCCUAAGGGAGGAUGGGAGCUUGAUGAAUCAGAGGAAGAAGCGGCUUCAAGAGAGUCUAUCGAGGAGGCCGGAGUUCUCGGUGAUGUCGAGUGUAAAUUGGGAAGAUGGAGCUUCUUGAGCAAGAGAUAUGGAACGUACUAUGAAGGGCACAUGUUCCCUUUGUUUGUCAAGGAAGAACUUGAUCUGUGGCCAGAGAAAAAGCUCCGCCAGAGAAUCUGGAUGACAGCAGCCGAAGCAAGAGAAGUGUGCAGACAUUGGUGGAUGAAGGAAGCCCUGGACAUAUUGGUCGAGAGGCUUGGCUCCAUUCCCCAACUCAAGAGAAAACCAGAAGCUAUCGUUCUGUAGAUAUCAGUCUUUGUUAAUUCUUUUUUGUUUUGCCCCCACACAAUUCUUGAAAGUACUGAAUAAAAGAAGAAUACGUUUUUUUCA